AUGUCUUGCGGAGAUAAAUUGCGACUGCUAAAGGAGAAGCUCGAAGAACCCCAUUCAUGCACAUCUUCGGAAUCAUCAAACAAGAGCAAAAGUUCGUUUUGGAGCGUUCACAAUGUAACAAGAUAUAUGAGUGAUAUUCUAAGGCUCGUGAGCGUUUCGUUUGAAACUUUCAGAAAUUCUUUCAUCUCCGAUUCAGCAUCGAGCAAUUCAAAUGCUCGUGCCAUGCUGGAAAAUAAUUUAACUCUUCUCAUUCAAACAAAAAAUACAGAGCCACAGAACAUUACAACUGCCUGUAACGCUGCAAUGGAUGAACACCGAAGAAAAAUGAUGGAUUGUUUCAAAGAGGCAGAAAAGUUUCCAGACCGAAUGACAAGAUGUAUUGAUGAACAGAGUUUAACAAAUCUGACAAAUACUGUGAGCGAUCUGAAAGAAAAUGAAAAAUUAGACGAGCUUAAGGAGGAGGUCUUGAAGUAUUUUGAUACACAGGCCAGUAAGGUGUACAAUAGGGCUGCUCAAUUGGCCAUGGGAGUAGUGAUUUUGAGAGGAGUCAUGAGCUUGUAUAAUAGCACACAUUCCUUGAAAGAAUAUUCCGAAUAUUGCAAUGACAAUAUCAUAGUGUAUAAGAAAAUUCUUGAAAAUUGUGAAGCAGAAAUUGGUGACAUUAUUGAUGAAGCUAUUCAACAUGUCGAUGAAUUUGACGAUGUUAUAUUUAACAAACUCCUUCUUGAUAUUGGAAGAGUGAAUCGACUUUUGGAGUCACAAAUGCUGUCCAUCAAAAUGGACCUCAAUCGAUGUGAACAGCAACAAACAAGUGUGCUUUUUGUUGGUUUAGACGCAACGAUAGGAGCUCUUGGAUCUUUAUUCUUUUCCUAUUUAAAUUGGAGGAAUAUGUCACAAGGAACAAAGUUUUUUAAUUUAACAGCUGUAUUUGUAGGCUUGGGAAAUAUUGUGUAUGGACAAAUGAGAGCAUACAAUUCUUGCAACAAAAUUCUGAACGACUAUCAGCGCUCACAACGAGAGUAUGAAAAAUUUAAUGAGAUAUCUAUACAGCUAAAAGAAAUUGUGAGUGAAAUGCAACGUUAA